CCUUCACUGUAACUGGUUCCUUGACAGGAGAACCUGAAAAAUAAACCAUACUUGCACAGUUGAAAGAGUAAUGAUGUCAUUGGCAGUGCAUUCAGCUCCUUGGAGAGAAUGCCAGUGUCCUACCUGUCUGAUGCUACCCUGCCUUAUAAAACAGGAAAUGACCCAACAACUGAAAGUGCAAGGGAAGUGAACAAAGUAGCUACAGGUGGGGAGUGUAGUAUAAAGUACAGGGGGAAGUGUAGUACAAAGUACAGGGGAGGGAGUGCGCUACAAAGUACAAGUCUUUAGCUAUGUCUCAUGCUACUAUAUAAAGACAGUGGG